GGAGGACAAGCACUGUGAAAUAUUUUGGUUCUCUGUAGUGUUCUCUGGAUCUCAUAAAUGACACGCCAUGUGGGGCAGACAGCAUUUUUUUACCCUUGUUUCUUGUCUCUUGGCCUCACCGUCACCUGCUGCAGGUCAGAUCAGACUAGCUGGAUCUGGGUCCACUCGGUGCUCUGGAAGAGUUGAAAUCUAUCACAGUGGCUCCUGGGGAACAGUCUGUGAUGAUGACUGGGACUUAAAAGAUGCUGAAGUGGUCUGCAGACAGCUGCACUGCUGGACAGCAGUGAGUUUCCAUAAAUCAGCUCACUUUGGUGAAGGUACAGGACAAAUCUGGCUUGAUGAUGUGGCCUGUUCAGGAAGUGAGAGUUCUCUUACUGAGUGUCGACACAGUGGAUUUGGGACACAUAACUGUGGGCAUAAUGAGGAUGCUGGUGUCACAUGUUCAGGGGUCCCCCCCAAGCCAAGGAUCUCCAUAAAUAACAGUGAGGUCACCUGGGGUCAGAGUGCCAGCAUCUCUUGUUUAGUCCCAACUCAGGCAUCAGAUGGAACUUUCGUCCUCAAGAAGACGUCUGACUCAUUCAUGGAGACUAAAACCUCAAAUUCCAACUCUACUAUCUUCAGUAUCAACAAAGUGAACUUCAGUCAUGAAGGACAGUACUACUGCCAGUACGAGGAAAGCAUUCAGGGUUCAAAGUUCUCCUCCCCCUUUAGUAACUCUGUAGGACUCUUUGUUACUGUAAGCUUCCCCAAACCCCAUAUCUCCAUCAGUCCUGCUGGUGAGGUGACCUGGAGUCAGAACAUUGCAAUCACUUGUUCAAUCUCCACUCAGGUUUUGGGUGGAACGUUCAUUCUGAUGACAACAUCAGAUUCAUUCAACAGGACCCAAAAUUCAGCUACAAACUCUGCUACCUUCAAUAUUUCUUCUGUGAACUUUGAUGAUGAGGGAUCGUACCAGUGUCAGUAUCAGAAAAAGGGCUCAAGGCGGGACUUUAAUUCCCCGCUAAGUGACAGUGUCAUACUCAAUGUCACAGUGAGACUGCAGAGGCCCAGCAUCUCCUUGACGUCUCCUAAUGCAGGACUUGUCUGGGGUCCUGAAGGUGCCGAAAUCACCAGGGGUUACAGCUUUGUCCUCACCUGUUCCAUUAACUCCACAUUUUCCAGUGGACAUUUUAUUCUCAGCUUCUCUGGCUCCAACCUCACAGAGCCAGCAGUCAACAACUCAGCCUCAUUUAGUUUCCCUGUAGCUGAGUAUGAACGGCAGGGCAACUACAGCUGUGUGUAUGAGGUCACAGUGUCCACACGGACAUUCAGAUCUGAUGUAUUGGCACCGAUUAGUGUCAUCAUUAAAUUCAAUUUGAUGCCGCUGCUGUCCUCAGUAUCUGUUGGACUCCUGUUGCUGCUCCUGCUGUUGCUGUUAGUGGUAGGACUGACGUGCAGGAGAAGACAACGACGAGCCAAGAAGCCUGUAGCUCUCAUCCACAGUCAAAUGGCUGUCCGAGUCGGGAAUGCUUACAAGUAUGGAGAUGAAGAUGAUGAUGAGGAUGUUGAGGACUCUGUGAAUGUUGAUCUAUUGGACACUAAUGAAAAAAUCAAAGGAGGAGCUCCUGGGCUGGAUGAAGAUGAUGAUGAUUAUGAGGACCUAGUGAGUGAUGAUGAUCACGAUUAUGAGGAAGCAGGCCCAAAUGACAAAAAGUCCAAGGAGGCCUGUGUGAGUGUAGACUGUCACAGACAAGAUGAGGAAGAAACUAGUGAUGAAGAGGAAACUAGUGAUGAAGAAAACAACUAUGAGAAUGUGCAGCUGGUAUGUCAGCUACUGCUGGUCCCGCUGUGGCUGGUGCUGGAGCAGCAGUGGGAGCUAAGAGGGGUUAGUCCGUAUAAAGCGAAAAAGGGAGGGAUCAGUGGCCAGCGGGCAGGCAGGUAG